AUGGAGGAAGAUGGUGUUGAUGCAUGUUGUUCAAUAGAAGAUUGGUUGUUACAUGUGAAGGAGCUUGUUCCUAUUGCUCUUGAUAAAGCAAAAGAGGUUAUGGUUAAAGGUUUUUCUGGUAGAUGGAAAAUGAUUAUUUCUAGAUUAGAACAGAUUCCGUUGAUGUUAUCUAAUUUAUCGAGUCAUCCGUGUUUCUCAAAGAAUGCUCUUUGCAAGGAGCAGUUGCAGGCUGUGUCGAAUUUGCUCAGAGACGUGAUCAAAUCGGCUGAGUUGUGUUUGAAGGAGAAAUAUGAAGGUAAGCUUCAGAUGCAAAGUGAUUUGGAUGCGUUGAUUGGGAGAAUGGAUUUGAAUUUAAGAGAUUGUGGACUUUUGAUCAAAACUGGUAUGCUCGGCGAGGCUACUGCGCCGUCCGUGUUAGGUUCUGUGGAACAAUCAGAUGCUGCAGCACAUAAUAACAUAAGGGAGUUACUCGCGCGACUUCAGAUUGGUCAUUUGGAAUCAAAGCACAAAGCUUUGGAUUGUGUUGUUGAGGUUAUGAAAGAAGAUGAAAAGAAUGUUUUGGAUGUUUUGAGUAGGAGCAACAUUGCUGCAUUGGUUCAAUUGCUUACUGCAUCAUCAACAAGGAUAAGAGAGAAAACAGUUACCGUCAUAUGCUCGCUCGUCGAGUCGGGUAGCUGCGAGGAUUGGCUAGUUUCCGAAGGUGUUCUUCCGCCUCUUAUUAGGCUUGUUGAAUCAGGCAGUGCUGUAGGUAGAGAGAAGGCUGCGAUAUCGCUGCAGAGGCUAUCUAUGUCAGCUGAAACAUCACGUGAAAUAGUCGGACACGGAGGCGUUUGUCCGCUGAUCGAGCUUUGUCAAACCGGAGAUUCUGUUUCGCAGGCUGCUGCAGCUUGUACAUUAAAGAAUAUAUCAGCUGUUCCUGAGGUGAGACAAGUUUUAGCCGAAGAAGGGAUUGUUAAGGUUACUAUCAAUCUGUUAGCCUCUGGAAUGUUGUUAGGUUCGAAAGAAUACGCAGCAGAAUGUUUGCAGAAUCUCACUGCAAGCAACGAAAGCCUAAAACAAUCCGUUGUAUCGGAAGGCGGUGUCAGGACUCUUUUAGCCUAUCUCGACGGUCCACUUCCUCAAGAAUCUGCUGUCGCGGCGUUGAGAAAUUUAGUCGGAUCGGUUUCUGAGGAAACAUUGGUUUCGUUAGGAUUACUUCCGCGAUUAGUUCACGUGCUGAAAUUCGGAUCCUCGGGAGCACAACAAGCCGCUGCAUCAGCAAUCUGCCGAGUUUGCAGCUCGACCGAGACGAAAAAACUAGUUGGCGAAUCUGGCUGCAUUCCUCUCCUUGUUAAGAUGCUUGAAGCAAAACCAAACAGUGCAAGAGAAGUUGCUGCACAAGCAUUAUCAUGUUUGAUGACAGUGUCUUAUAACAGAAGAGAAGUUAAAAAAGAUGAUAAAAGUGUGCCUAAUUUGGUUCAGUUGCUUGAUCCUGGUCCUCAAAACAAUGCAAAAAAAUAUGCAGUUCUUUGCCUUGGAUUGAUUUCUUCAAGUAAGAAAUGUAAGAAGCUAAUGAUCUCAUAUGGUGCUAUUGGAUAUUUGAAGAAACUUAAUGAGAUGGAUAUUCCAGGAGCUAAAAAGUUACAUGAGAGAUUAGAAAAAGGAAAGUUAAGAAGUUUGUUUGGUAAGAAAAUAGUGUAA